AUGUGGAAUGCUACAAAACAAACAAAUAACAAGCAACAUAAAGAAAAUAAGAUUAAUUCACAACCUAUUCGAAUGAGUCUAUGUGUUACCCAUUCUGGAAUAAAGACGGAAACGAAGCAAUUGGGGCUAACCGAAUAUUGGGCACACAGAAUUACUUUUUGUUCAGCUCCGCAGCAGUAUCCGAGAGUUUUUUGUUGGAUUUACAAACACGAAGGCAAACGUAUGAAACCCGAGCUUAGAUGCCAUGCAGUUCUAUGCAAAAGGCCAACAGAGCCUGAACGACUUGAGAAAUUAUUAAACCAAUAUUUACAGGCUGCUUUACAAGUGGAAUUAAUUUUGAGAAUUUUAAAAAUUGAAAUUUUUCCAAUUAAGGAGUAUAAACGGGAAAAAUUGGCAACUGAACGUGCUCGCAAAAAUUCGCUUUUAUUGCUUCUUUCCAAAAAUAAUAUUAGCUGUCCGAGGCGUAAACAGCUUCUUUUAACGGGUUCUCUCAAUUUUAGGCCUCAGAUUAAACGCUCAAAUUCUGAACCUCGUUUGGUGGCUAUAGAUGAGGAGGAAGAACAGUCUGAGGAGAGAAAUACAACCCCUACUAAAAAUGCAGUAUUAAACAAAGAAAAUGUUUCAGUUGAUGUUCUUCCUGAAAGAAAUGUUGAGGAGGUUGUUAACAAUAGUGAUCAUAGCGAAUUGGAGGUAAAAAAUUUAUUAUUAAUUCCGGAAAUUUUUAUUUAA